CAUCGAUCUCUUCUCUAUAUGUAGCUCCUCUCACCUAAAGAACUAUAUUGCACAUGAAUCCAAUAAUACAUUCUCUCCUCUAAUUUUUGAUGGUUCAGGUGAUUAUUGUUGCUCAGCUGACUUUCAUUUUCUUUGUUGGGUGACAGGAAACACUCAGGGUCAGCAAUCUAUACGUGCGGCUACUAAAGUUGACGUUACUAGUUUGACCUUUCAAAAAGUGUACAAAUAAUUUUCUUCCGCGAGGGAGUUCUUGUAAUGAUUUGUUGAGUGUGUCGAAGCAGUGCACACUCGUUCGAGACUUUACGAUAGGACAAAAGUGGGGAAAAGAGAGGUCACGGUCACAGCAAUAUCAUCAGGCAGCAGCAGCAGUAGUGUCGCAGCCACGCAAUCUGCCUACAAUGUCGGCCACAAUGUCCGCAGUUAUUCCAAAUCAACCCCCACAACAUGUUCCACCAAAUGCAGAAGUCAUUCGUGGACAAAUCUUUGAGGUGGGGCCAAGAUACACCAACUUGGCUUACAUUGGCGAGGGAGCGUAUGGAAUGGUUGUGUCCACCUACGACAACCUCACAAAGACCAAAGUCGCCAUCAAAAAGAUUUCGCCAUUUGAACACCAAACAUAUUGUCAAAGGACGCUCCGUGAAAUUAAAAUUCUGACCCGGUUUAAACAUGAAAAUAUUAUCGACAUUCGUGACAUCAUCACAUCUCCAACUUUGGAUUUGUUCAAGGAUGUCUACAUUGUUCAGUGCUUGAUGGAGACGGAUCUUUACAAGUUAUUAAAGACACAAAAGCUUAGCAAUGACCACAUUUGCUACUUUUUAUAUCAAAUUCUUCGCGGAUUGAAGUACAUUCAUUCAGCAAACGUGCUCCACCGAGAUUUAAAACCGAGUAACCUCCUCUUGAACACGACAUGUGACCUCAAGAUUUGCGACUUUGGUCUGGCGAGAAUAGCAGAUCCAGAUCACGAUCAUACCGGCUUCCUAACAGAAUAUGUCGCAACCAGAUGGUACCGUGCUCCAGAAAUCAUGUUGAAUUCCAAAGGGUACACAAAAUCCAUCGACAUUUGGUCCGUUGGGUGCAUUUUAGCAGAAAUGUUGUCAAAUCGACCCAUCUUUCCUGGAAAGCACUAUUUAGAUCAGCUAAAUCAUAUUCUUGGAAUUUUGGGCACUCCUUCAGAAGAGGAUUUGGCUUGCAUAAUCAAUGAGAAGGCAAGAAGUUACCUUCAGUCUCUUCCCUACAAACCCAAAGUCCCAUGGGAUAAGCUCUACCCGGACGCAGACCCCAAGGCACUUGACCUUUUGGAUAAAAUGCUAACCUUCAACCCCCACAAGAGAAUCGGUGUCGAAGAUGCCCUAGCUCACCCCUACCUAGAGCAAUACUUUGAUCCUGCGGAUGAGCCCGUUGCUGAAGAACCUUUCAAACUGGAUAUGGAAUACGACGACCUUCCCAAGGAAAGGCUAAAGGAGAUGAUUUUCGAAGAAACGUUAAUCUUCACCAAGAGAAUGGAGCUGGAUCGGCAACAGAACAUGUAGAAGAGUACUGUCACACUAUUUUUUCAUGUUACAUAGAGUUGUACUAUUACUUUCUCAACUUCUUCUAUCACUAAUAACUUUUGUCACUUCCAUUAACUAUUAUACGAGUAUAACGAAACGAUUCCAGAGGAUUAAUUUGACGAACAUUCCCUCAAACUAACUAACUAAGCUGAAAUAUUUGAUAAGUCAGUGACUGUAGGUUGUGAGAUUUCGUGUGUGGUGAAGUAUGAAAAUACUUGUCUAUCUAGAUAUCAUGUAUUCAUUUCCUGUUGUAAUCGAAUCCAGACUAUCUUGCUCGCUCCUCCCCCUGCUUGCUCUGCUAAUAAUGAUUUAAGUUCAAUAACUGACUUGUAUCAGUUUCUGCGUGUUUCAGUUGGACAAUGAUAAUGACGAUGAAAAUGUUUGCUUUUUAAUUUAUUUAUAUUUGGUAUAAGUGAAAAAUACGAAAAUGUAAAACGUAGUAGCAAACAACCGUUAAGUUUCAGCAGCAGAUGGAUCUUUUAUUUGAGAAAAUAAAUGUUUUACUGUUCUAUCGUCCAUUGUGCCCUAAUAUGUAUUCCCCGUCGUUUAACGUACUAAUUCUAAGUAAGCAUAACAAUCAAUCCCGUUACCAUUACUGAUGAGAGAGAAAUGUGUUCGCCGUAAUACAUAUAAAUACCUAAAUAAGUAAUGUUGAUUGAAACAUAAAUCCAGUAGUGCAUAAUUAGAAAAUAUGUAUCUUAUCCCUUAUCUAAAUUAUUAAUUAUAUUUGGAGUGAUUGAAAUCCUAGUUUAGUGUAGUUCCUAAUUGUACUAGUUUGUACAAUUUUUAUGGCGAAAUGUGUUCUAAAAAGGUGUAUAGAAAACUUAGUUUUCCUCGGAUUGAAAGAGUAGGAGUUGGUAAUUGGUAAAAACUUAUAUGACGCAUUGCGUUAGUUAUGUAUAUUAUGGCUUAUUAUUCAUGUGCGUACAUAUUUCGAGGUUUCAUUUGCUGAUAAAGAAGCCUUUUGUUCAUUGCACAAAAUGCAAGUUGUGAUUCCCAACCGUUUGUCAAUAUAUUAUCAAAUUACUUCGUAAUUAGUAAUUCGUAAUUAUUAUGAUUAUCAACCAAAAGUUCGUAGAUUAAAUUAUUUACAUGUUGCGAAUUAAAUAUUUUCAAUGUUCCUGUGUGGUUAGCGUAAUCCAAGGUUUUAUGUUGAUUGUGUAUUGUUGCUUAUUAUAUCCGAAUUCGUAGCUUGUUCGAUUUAUCAUAAAUCUAAAAUAUCUUACACAUUGUUUUGCUAUUAUAUUGAGAAAAAGAUGUGCGUCGUGUAUCUGUGUUAAUGUGAUAAUUGUAAUUAUAAAUCCAAUAAAACGUACAUACAUACAUAUGUAUACACGGUA